GCAUACGCGCUCCCGCCACUUCCGCAGCCACUCGUCCUGUUCAGCCACAUGAUGGCCCAGCAGCCGGUGACGCUCGUGCUCAAGGAGAGGGCGUUUGACGACUUUCACAUCAAGGGCCUGGACGGGGCUCGCUGGAUGCACGUCGAGGGCAAGAUCGCCUCGCUGCACGGCCGCAAGAAGGUCUACGACUUCCAGGGGGUCCACCUGUUCGACAUUAUCAAGGAGCACUUCCACCUUCACGCCACCUUUUCCUGCGAGGACGCGAACCAGAGGCAGUGCAUGCAGGUCAAGAGCAAAUUUAAGCUCCUGGGCUCCGAGGCUAACGCGACCUUCACGACGGCGGCCGGCGUCCCCGCGACGCUGACCAUGCGCGGCAACUGGUUCGACACGUCGGCCGACAUCGUCGACGCGGCCACGGGCGCCGUCGUCGCCCGCAUCGACCGCAAGCUCUUCAACGCCCGCGAGCUCCUGCUCGGCCACCAGACCUACCACGUCACCAUCGCUCCCGGCGCCGACAUCGCCCUCGUCGUGGCCAUGUGCGUCUGCCUCGACGAGAAGCGGAACGAG